GACGCAUACCCCGCAGUAAACCUUUCCUAAGAUCGAUGUAUGCCUCAAAAGCUGUCAUGCAUCUCUCUUCAGCGCGAAAAAAACGACUAUAUCACGUCUCACUUUCUCGCUAUCGCUCCUAACGAAAAGUCGGAAUUCGAUUGUUCCCAUCACUAGCAGCCGUCUACGUGGGGUAGACAGGGUAGACAGUUGUCACGGUCCACCCUGGCGUUUUGUUUAUGUUUGUUUUUGUUCGUGUAAUAAUGUGUUUGGGGGCAUUUGCAAGCCCCAGUGCAGUGUAGUGACCAUCCAUAGGCUAAUCAGUAGCGCGCCGCCAUGCUAGCAGGCGCCACCCUGCUGUGGAUGCUCCUUAGUGCGGCUAGGGGGGAACGUUACGGCAGCACCCGCGUGAGCGACACUGACGAUAGUGUUCCAACGCACGGCAAAUGCCAGCCCAUCACUGUACCCACCUGCCUCAACAUCCCUUACAACCAGACCAUAAUGCCCAACUUGGUGGGUCACAGCUCGCAAGACGAGGCUGGUCUGGAGAUGAACCAGUACAUGUCGCUUAUUAAGGUGGCCUGUAGCCCCGAUAUACAGUUUUUUCUGUGUUCAGUGUACGCGCCAGUUUGCACUAUCUUGGACCACCCCAUUCCUCCCUGUCGCUCGCUGUGCCUUUCUGCGAAAAACGGUUGUGAGCAAAUCAUGAAAAGAUUCGGAUACUCCUGGCCGGAGGUUUUGCGCUGCGAAAACUUUCCAGAGACGUCGGACGAUCUUUGCGUCGGCGAGGACAAGCAAGUGUCCGUCAACCAGCAGUCUAGUGGGGCUGACAAAAAGAACCGUAUUCUGGAUCAAUUCGAACCGCCGGCCCACGGGAAGAACUUUGGCUUCGUGUGCCCGGAACAGUUCAAGGUGCCUGCCGUGCUGGAGUACAGCUUUAAGGUGGGUGACAAAGUGGAGAAGAACUGCGGCGCUCCCUGCGACCUGAUGUUCUUCACUGAACACAAACGCCAGUUCUCCAAGUUGUGGAUCGGCAUCUGGGCCAUACUGUGCUCCAUCAGCUGCCUGUUCACCAUCUGCACUUUCCUGAUCGACACCGAUCGCUUUCGCUACCCAGAGCGCCCCAUCAUUUUCCUGUCGGUCUGUUACUUUAUGGUGGCUGGCGCCUACUUGGUGGGCUUUUUAGCGAACGAUACAAUCGCCUGCCGCGAACCCUUUGCUUCCAAGUACGGCAACGUUACGUUGAGUACCAUCACGCAGGGCACCAAGCACGAGUCCUGCACCAUCCUCUUCAUGGUUCUCUACUUCUUCAGCAUGGCGUCCAGCAUUUGGUGGGUGAUUUUGACGCUCACUUGGUUUCUAGCGGCGGGACUCAAGUGGGGGCAUGAAGCCAUCGAGGCCAACUCUCAGUACUUCCAUUUGGUCGCCUGGGCGAUUCCUGGGAUCAAAACCAUUGCCAUUUUGGCUUUGGGAAAAGUUGAUGGCGAUGUGUUGAGCGGCGUUUGUUACGUGGGCAUCUGGAACGUGGAUACUAUGCGGAUUUUCGUUCUGCUGCCGCUGGUCAUCUACCUGAUCUUUGGCACGGUGUUUUUGAUGAGCGGGUUCGUGUCUCUGUUCCGGAUCCGCACUGUAAUGAAGCACGAAGGCACCAAAACUGAGAAGCUGGAAAAGCUGAUGAUCCGCAUCGGAAUCUUCUCUGUGCUCUACACGCUGCCUGCGCUCAUAGUGAUCGGGUGCCUAUUCUACGAAAACUCGUACUAUGAUGACUGGAUGCGCACCUGGUGGACGGACAUUUGCCACAACCCAAAGUACUCGGUCCCUUGCCCGAUCUCAAGGACUAAGCCAACCAAACACUACCCGUACUUUGAGGCCUUCAUGGUUAAGUACCUGAUGACUAUGAUUGUGGGGAUCACGUCCAGUGUGUGGAUUUGGUCGGGAUUUGGCAAAACCGUGCACAGCUGGCGUGUUUUCUUCAAUGGACUGAAACGGCGCCGGGUGGAGGCCUACGUGUGAGCGGCCGCAGGUAACGAUAACAAAAUCAGUAUUUGACUGUGCAAUGCAAUGGUGCUUGAAACAGGGCGGCAACGUGCCACUGUCUUCCAAACUUGCCCCCUGGAUUAAUGUCAAUUACCGUUUGGGCUGAGUUGACGCACAGAAACGGGGCUCCGCUUUCGCCAGCCUUUUUUUUAUAAACCUUUGUACGGCUUUCAAAAGGAUUAAUUCGUGAAAUUAUAUACUUUCGACGUUUUACUAGGCUUAGUUCUCGGAAAUUUCUACUAACGAUUGUAAAUACUUGUACAUAGUGGUUGGCGCCCCUUGACUGACUAGGAUUGUUCAUAUUGGACUCUAAGAAACAAGUAUUAUAUUUAAUGUUUUAGACGCCAAUAACUUCGAAAGUUCAAAGCAAUGCCUUAACGUUUACUGGAUGUAUGAAAGAGCUAAUAAAUGCAUGAAAGUUCA